CCCUACUUCACCCACUAGCCCACCUGUCUGUCCACUCACUUGGCUUCUGCCUUCGUUGGCUGAAGGCAGAGAGCGCUUGCCAGACUGUGAUUAAAAAAAUAAAAACAAAAAAGUGGCGGAAUCUUCCCGCGGUUUUAUUUUUUAAAAGUUUGUGUCUUGUUUGUUUUUUUUUUUACGAAAACGAAGUUAAGUUUGGUGUUUUGUGUAGUUUUAUGUUUGCUGAAUUUAGUUAUUGAAGUGACCAAUGGGCUUGCAGUGCCCAGAUCAUCGGGUCGCACCUGCAUAAUAGGCGCCGGGAUAUCAGGGCUGGCCACAGCGAAGUAUCUCCAGGACUAUGGGGUGACCAACUUCACGGUGUUCGAAGCCACCAGACACAUUGGAGGCACCUGGAGGUUCGACCCUCACGUGGGGGUGGACGAGGAUGGCCUGCCGCUGUAUACUAGCCAGUAUAAGUACCUUAGAACGAACACUCCCCGCGAGACGAUGGAGUUCGAGGAGUUUCCCUUCCCCGAGGGGACCCCCUCCUACCCCUCCGGCACCUGCUACUACAAGUACCUGAAACUCUUCACUAAGAACUACGACCUUUAUAAGUAUAUUCAGUUCCGUAGCCACGUGCGCUCAGUGCGUUGGAACAAGGACCGCUGGAGCCUCUCGUACUACAACACGGAGACUCAGAGCGACGAGGUGGCGUCGUGUGACUACGUGGUGCUGUGCAGCGGACACUACUCCAAGCCACGGUGGCCCAAGUUCGAGGGCGCUGAGGCUUUUAAAGGCAGCAUGAUCCACAGUCACGACUACAAAGAGCCUGAGCCUUACCGCAACAGACGCGUCCUACUCCUAGGAGCCGGACCAUCUGGUCUAGACCUCGCCACGCACUUAGUCAACGUGACCCAGAAGCUAGUCCACAGUCACCACUUAGUGUACAACCAGCCUAACUUCCCGAAGAACUAUGUGAAGAAACCGGAUAUCCGGGCGUUUACGUCGGAUGGAGUAAUCUUCGUGGAUGGCAGCUUUGAACAAGUUGAUGAUGUUAUCUUUUGUACAGGUUUCGACUUCGACUACCCCUUCCUGGACGAGACGAGCGGAGUGACAGUAUCAGGGAAGUUUGUUCUACCGGUGUACCAGGACAUCGUGAACAUACGCCGGCCCAGCAUGAUGUUCAUAGGCCUUACGCAGGUCACCAUCACUAGAGUGCUGCUGUCUCAGGGUGAAUACGCAGCCGCAGCCAUCGCGGGUAAAUUCAAGCUUCCCCCUCAAGAGCAGAUGCUCAAGCACUGGUUGUCUAAAGUGUACUACCUGGACUCCAUCGGCAAGAAGAUCGUCAAUGUCAACCUCAUUGGCAACUUGCAGGUGAGGAAGGACCAGUACUUUGGGAACCUAACAUCAGAGGCAGGAGUGAAGAGAGCGCCGCCAGUACUUACCGAGAUCCGAGACUUCAACGCACAGAUCCGACUGGACGACUUGCUCCACUACAGAGAUUACGACUUCAACAUCACCGACGCGUUUCAUUACGACCGGUAUUACCACCCGGUUGACCCCAACAAUGUGCCCUGUCCUAUUGACAUCGAUUUUUAAGAGAAGGUGAGGUGAAAUUAUGUUUUUCUGCACAGGUACCGUGCCACCACCGAUACAUUUAACUAUGUAAAAGCAGCGUCGCUUGCCUCUCAAACAUCUGCCAAAUCCAUACAAGUCCAUCCAUACGAUAUACGUCAGAUUUGUCAAGCGAGCGACGCUGCUUAGUGAUUAUUAAUUGCUAAUCCUCGGUGGUGGUAGCCCCACAGAUCAUUGUUGCCAAAAGCAAGGAGAUUUUGGUUUGACUUAUAAUAAAGUUGGUCAACAUUGGUCACCCCGACAUGAUGUUCUUAACCUCUGUUGUCAAUUUGUAUUUGUAAUGUUUCUUGGACGCAAAAGAGUAAAGUUAUAUGAUGUAAUAUUGAUAGUUAUUGAAAUACCUAUCUGUAGGUAUGGGAAAGUUGUUUUACAAUGGGAAAUUGUAGAAAUAAUUUUCAUAUGGAAAAAAAGUCUAAAAAGCUGAGUGAUCUAAUAAUAUCGUGUGCAUCAUGAUUACUCAGAAUGGCGGGUAUACUUUUCCUAGCUUUAAAAUAUCGCAGAUAUUUUGUACCUUUACGAAAAUAAUAUUCACAAAAAAAGGCA